CGAUCAUCUAUCCAUCCUUCCAUGGGACUCAUUCGAAUCUUGGCCACCAACCUCCGUCGACAUGUCCACGGUCAAGGAAUCGCUGCAGCAUGGCGUCGCGUAAGGAGCUGCCGACAUCAUCAUCGCCAUCCACAUCCCUGACCGCCACAUUGUAGAGAAACGUUGGAGCUUGAGCCUGUAUCCAUGGGUGAGUACCUCCCGUCUCCACGCAGCACCGCCACGGACGUCGAAUCUGUGGGCGAAGCGCAGCCACUCGUGCACAGCGUCACCAAAGAGCACAAGGAACAGCACGAAGGCACGAUCCUCGGCUCGACGAUCACCCUUACCAACACAAUCCUCGGCUCUGGCACGUUGGCCGUGCCGUACGCGAUCGCGUCGAGCGGGUACGGCGUCGGCGUCGCGGUGAUGGUGACCAUCGCGCUCCUCACGCAGUACUCGGUGCACUUGCUCAUGCUAGCGAGCGACGCCGCGGGCAACGCCGCCGCCAAAACGUACGAAAGCCUCGGCCACCACACCAUGGGAAAGUGGGGCACGUACUUGGCCGAGUUUACGUUCAUCUUUGGUGGGUUUGGGACGCUCACGUCCUACUUCAUCUUCAUCACGGACCUCUUCUGCGUCGUGUUCUCUGUGCCCAAGGCGUACCGCGCGUGGGUGACCGUGGCCUGCACUGUCUUUGUCAUUCUGCCGCUGUCUCUGCUUCGAAAACUCGGCAAGCUGCGCCUCUCGUCGCUGCUGGCCACGUGCGCCGUGGGCUACGUCGUGAGCUUGUUCUUCACCGUGUACAUCGUCGUUCAGAGCUCGGACCACCCGAUUGUCGUUGACACUCCCGCGGUGCACUUGACGUCCAACUCGGUGUACACUGUGACGUUGCUGAUCCAAGCCUUUGCGUGCCACAACACUGCCUUGCCAGUGUACGAAGAGCUCCAACACCGCAGCAUCAAGCGCAUGAAUCAAGCUGUUUUCGGCGCCAUCUCGCUUGCGUUCGUCCUGUACGCCGUGAUCGGGCUCUGCGGGUACUUUACGUUUGGAGCGGCCACGAUGGACAACAUCCUGGUCAACUUUACACCUGAAUUCCUCGACGCGUACCCCGGCGUCCGGCAGCCGCUUCUCCUCGGGCGGCUGUGCAUGGCCAUCGCGCUGCUCUUUUGCGCGCCCAUCGCUACGUGGCCAUUCCGGUCUUGUGUGCUAUCCGUGUACCUCCGCGUCAAGAACGGCGGCCGCCAGACCCCAAGCUCGGCCGCCACCGCGUCCGAAUUCACCGGCAUGACGGCGACGCUGCAGGCGCUGAUUCUGUUUGCCGCUAUCUUUGUGCCGUCCGUCAAGAUCCCGCUGAGCAUCGUCGGGUCGGUUGCGGGGUCGCUCAUCAUUUUCAUCAUGCCGUCGCUGUUUUACACCCUCCAACACCGCCCGGUCGUGUCGUGGGCCAACAAGGGCCCGUUGGCGAUGUUUGCCUUGGGCGUGUGUGUCUUUGUGCUGUGCUUUAGCCUGACCAUGCUCAAGUUAGAAAACGAAUUCUUUCCCUUGUAAAAAUUAAUAGAUUCGACAGGCGAUGAUACCAAUGCCCCCCCGAUCCAUGUGUUUAUGGUUUUUCCACG